CAAACAUCGGCCGCUGACGGCGGGGCAUCGUGCCCAUGUUUGCCGGUGCCCAUCCGAUGCUUGGGCAUUGUCUCAAGACGUUUUGGCUCCAGCUGGGCCUUCGCAAUCCGAAACACACCCGCGCAUUCUGCGCACGUCCUACAAAACUGCCGGUCGGCGCGCCUGUCUCGCAGAUGGCCCGACUUUUGGGGAUCGCCAGCCUCGUCGGGGCACGCGGCGCCACCGGCCUGAGCGCGGCCCCACAGCUCACCGCUUCCAGCAUGAUGCAAUUUGGAGCAGCGGUGGACAAGAGCAGCGCCUCGCAGCAGGCAGCGGCGGCGUUCGCGGAGCGCCGAACCACUACAUACAUCGACCUGACCUCACAAACCGUGUGGAAAAAUUCUGGUUACCACUCCACCUUCAACCAAAACGGCACUAUGACGCUGGGAACGGAAUCGAACACGUGGCCCAUGUGGGCCCCAAAGACAUCCGCCCUCAAUCUCCCAGACCCAUCGUGUACUUGGACCUUGGAGGUUGGUUUCCACAUCACCAGCUAUUCGGAAUUUAAAUAUAUGUCGAUUGGUUUCGGCGACGAUGCUGCCAUCAAAGACAAGACGUGGCAUGGAGGCAAUUACAUUGUCUUUCAAGAGUGGAGUCAACAGGAGGGCACAGCUAGGGACGGUUUACGGUCUGAGGGCAGCGAGACCAAUUGGAAUCAGAUGAGCCUCGGCGAAUUCUUUGGAAAUCCGAGCUCCAAAAAAUACAUCCGAAUAUCUUACCGCGCCGACAGAAAGAUCGAUUUCCAGAUCUUGUCUGCGGACAGAUCUCAUGUGCUUUUCAGCAGAGUCUAUUGGGUCCCCGAUAAUGUGGGCUGGCCAGAGAACGUACUUGAUGAGGACCGGUCUCUUGUGCAGUUUACGGUGGGGCGAGGGGUGACCACGUGGUCGGAACUAAGCGUAGAGCACAGCGGCACUUGCCCGAGCCCGCCAACGCCAGCUCCGACGCCAGCCGCGACUUCGGAGCCAACGCCACCUCCAGCGGGUGGGGCAGGUGCUGGAGCUUCUGCCGUUGGCGACCCUCACUUGCAAAACAUCCAUGGCGAGCGGUUCGACCUGAUGAAGGCAGGCAAGCAUGUUCUGUUAAAUAUCCCCCGUGGAACGGGUGCUGAGAGCUCCUUGCUUCGUGUGCAGGCCGACGCGCGUCGAUUGGGUGGACAUUGCGCGGACAUAUAUUUCCAGGAGCUCAACGUUACUGGGUCUUGGGCAUAUGCCGAGCAAGCCGGAGGGUAUCACUACAGCGUAUCGCAACGCGACAUCAAGACUCCAGGGUGGGCCACUAUUGGCAAGGUCGAGCUGAAAGUCGUUCGUGGACAUACGGACAGUGGUCUGCAGUACUUGAAUAUGCACGUGAAGCAUUUGGGUCGAGCGGGAUUCGCAGUCGGAGGUCUUCUGGGCGAGGACGACCACGACGACGUGAGCACCGUUCCUGACGAUUGCGCUCAGCAUUUGUCCCUAGCAGCGGGGACGCGCAGCGAUGGGAGCCCAGCUGUGGCUUCCGUUGCGGUGGCAUCCCUUGCAUGAUGGAGCCCGUUUGAUUGGUUUAGACAGCUUGUUCCGGCCUCGGCCGCCAGCUGGGCGUGCCACUGUCCAUUUCUGCGUUCAGGAAAAAAUGCCCGUGCCCAGUUCGAGGGGCAUGCCAAUUGUUGCCGCUGUUUCCUAUAUUUGUUCACGCCUCCACGGGGGCCCUCGCCACCACGGCCAGGCCCCCCUCCAGAUGAUGGGCCUCGCAACGCAGGGUUGGACCGCUUCGGCUUGUUGGUUACCCAGCCAUAUUCAUUGAGACUCGUAGCUCUGUUCGUGGUAUGUGUCGCGGGCCUUUAUUCUGGCAGUCAGCUGGCUUGCGACCGUUGCCUCUUCUCGCAGGCGUGGCCUGGUAUAUCUGGGCAGCAGAGUCUUCAUUUCAGCCUGCUGGACCGCCCGUCGCUCAUCGGCAAAAAUGACUCGGGAGCUGGCGGGCGUGGCAGACAGAUCGGGCAUAUUGUGCGGGCAGCAACGCCUCGCUGAAUGCCAGCGUGGUAGGGAACUUAAUCCUUUUAAAGUGGCGCCGCCAGAGGUCCUGCGUGGUGGCCGCGCAAACAUGCCCAGUCGUCCCUAUUGUUCCCCCCCC